UGCGUGAAUAAAAGUGAUAAAAAAUGUUCAGAGAAAAUGAUAAAAAUCUGCGUUUUUUGCGUUCGAAUUUGCGAGCAUAAAUUCUUAUGAAAAAUUAUUUAAAUUACCCGUUUCGUCCUUCAUACUCUGUUCUGUAAUACUCGAUGUAUUUGUGUACAUGAAAAUUUUCAACGAAACGUGCACCGUUUGCUGGAUCACUCGCUCUAUUUCAGUAUCAAUUUUGCUCUCACAUUGAUGGGUAUUCUUUACAAAUACCGUCGUUUAUAGCGUAUUUGCACCGAGAACAAUCGUUUCAACAAUGGAUAUAUCACAGCGUCCGUUUAAAUGUGAUGAAACGCCAACACCAACUCGUUUCAUUAGGAAUUGCGAAGAAGUGGGUUUGUUUCAAGAUUUACAAACUAAUCCUUUCGAAGAAACAUUCAGAAUUGCCGUUCAAACAAAACACACUUCAACGUUACCUGAACCUUUGUCUAAAAGUGCUAAUGCUGAUCCUUUGGAUACGCCUCAAGUAGUCCCUAACUCUAAACGUAUCGAAGAUUACCAGACUUCUUAUCCCAUCAUCGAAGAUGACGACGAUGAAAUCAAACUACCCAAUAACGACUACUUAAUGGCAAGAUUAAUGGAAGCUGACGAAGACGGCUUAUCGAAUGAUGAAGAAAUACCGCCUGAAAAUUCGCCAUUGUUGCGAAGUAUCGAAUCGAACGUAAAUCAAAUUAAUGUACAAGUUACCACGCAAAUCAACGAACCUGAUAGAAAUGUCAUUGAUUUAACUGAAAGUCCAGACAAGGAGCAAACUUUCAAUUUAAAGCCUCAAUCUGUUCCAACUGGGAUUAUCGAAGAAAUAUUAUUCGAGAGGGAGGAAAUCAUGAGCAAUGCUUCUAUAACCAACGAAUUUUUGGUGUUACACCGUAAAAAUAACGUGAAAGAAAAUACAUUCUCUUCUACAGUGGUUACCAAUGAAAGCGUCGUUAUUGUACCUCCCAAGAACGAUAUCAUUACCGAUGAUUCGUUCGUUGCAAUAAGUCCGAAAAUUAUACAACCUACAGACUCUUCUGUAAAACAAAAAUUGAAAAAACUUUUAAAGCCAAGCGAAAACAACGUCCCUGAACCUAUUCCGAUCAUAAUCGAAAAUAAUGUGAAUACCGCUCCGAUGCAACCUUCUGGUGGAGAAAUGAGCGACGAUAAGUUAUCAUAUUCCCGAGAACGAAACAGAAUGGCUCAAAAACGCUGUCGAUUAAAGAAGAAAAAAUGGAUAUCUCAACUAAAACAAGACACCGAAUCAGUGCACAGUGAAAAUAAACAACUUCGUUCGGAAGUAGUCUCUUUGAAAGCGGAAGUAGCUCAUUUAAAAACCUUACUAUUGGCACAUAAAAAUUGUCCAGUUACUUUGGCCAUGCAACAAGCUAAAUCAUCGAACGUAGUGCAAAACGAUGCACCUAUACCUCAGAUAAGUACACUUUCUACGAACGUUGCUGCGACACCGAUACCGUACGCUAUUCUUUCUGCGACCGGAACCAGAACGCAAAACUUUCAAAAAGUUAAAUCUAAAACAAAUCAAAAUAAAACAAUAAUACUGAAUUCGACAGCUAAAGUACCCAUCCCGCAAUUGAAUUCGAUUUACGGUGCAAAAAUUGCACCCAAACCUUAUACCGCAGAAAGAAAUCAAUCACUGAAAGUAAUCAUCAAUAAGAAUCCAAAUAUAGAUAAUUCCAAAUCCAUCGUCAACUCUCCUAAUGCUGUCAAUGUGAUAUGUUACAAUCAAAAUCAAAACAUCGCAGACAUCACCGAUUUAACUUUCGAUACUUCUUGAUACAAUGUUGAGUGUUUGAGUUACCUUGUUAUUCAACGAUUUGUUGCGUAUUGCAUUUGAAAUACUUCAGCUAUGGUACUGCUGCGGUUUUUAAAAUAAUUACCUACGUUACGUAGAAUUCACCGUUAAGUUUGAUUAUUAAUUUUCGUUUAUGAUGUAACGAACGAUGACCACAUUUUGGACAAUAUUCAGUUGAAUGCCAAGACUAUUGUGGCUUAUUUACCCGUUGAUAAUAUUGCUCGGCCUAAAUUUGCGAAAUUUUUUAUACGUAGCUCAUUGAACUGUGAUUUAUGACAUGGUGAAUAAUUUUUGUUGUGAUAGAUUUUUAUUUUUUACGAGUAUGGUUAAGAUUUUUCAAUUUUAUUUUACCUACGUACGUGUUUAAGGUGUAAUUUUUUCGAUCAAGUAAAUUAUACUCAUUUUUUUGUA